CAAAAAAACAGUAUCCGUUCUCACCGAUGAAGGGAAGGAGGAGGAGGAAGCCUGUAUCAUCGAGUAAAGCAAGGGAGAAAACAGUUCAUAACAGAGACAAGCAGCUACAGCAGAUGCCUGUGGUGAAACUGGAGAGAAGUGGCCCGCUGCCACUCAGAGUAACGCAGCGGGGACGCAGCUGUCAGAGUCUGGAAGCUGAGAGUCCAGAACAGACAAAGAGCACGCCAUCAUCACUGAAAUACCCACAUGGUAGCUGGAGCAUGAGUUCGUACCCAAUCAGGAGCAGGUUCAGGGAGGCCCACAUCAUGGACAGUAUGCCCUUUCUUCACGAGCCCCUUUCAGACAAAAAACAACCAUCAGAUAACCAGCAACCAGGUCCCAGGAGAAGAAGGCCCAAGAAGAAUGGACUCUGCAGUGUAUCUAAAGGGGGUAGCUCAAUGUCUUCAAUUCAGCAGCAGCAAUCAGUGAACGAGCAACUAGAGGAAAAUCAAGAAAGGCAGGAAGAAGAAUUAAAUGUCCAGCGACAGGAGAAGGUAGGAGGAGCCAAGAGGACGGGUGAGAGAAGGAGUGUAGAGUCGGAUGAGGAGACAGUUGAUGAUGCCCCUGCGGCCAAGAAAGUUUGUUUUAAACCAAUGGCACAUCCAGCAUUACAAACAAGCUCUGAAACCGACAGAGCAGAAUCAGCGUCGACAGAGAGAGAAAACUUGAGCUAUGCGGACAGCAGUGUGAGAGAUUGUUUACAAAAAGGACGAGGAGGAAAAACAGCGAGGAGAGAGGAGAGCUCAGAGGAUGAAGAGAUGGAUGUUGAUGAAGAUGAUCACAACCACCAAGGAAUAAGAGAAUCCGAUCCUUGGGUCUCUCCCCCUUCUCAUUCAGCACAAGAGAUCCGUCUGGGAUCAACAGGAAGCUGCGAAGAUGGCAAAGACGAGGAUGUUGAUGUGAUUGGAGGCUCCAGUCCCGUCCCUUCUCCAGUGAUCAUCAGCUGGUCGGAUUCUUCAGAAGUUGAGGAAGAGGAGACAGACGAGGAUGUCGACGUCGUUGGAGAAAAGACGGUCUACGCUCCAUCGGGACUCUUCACUGCUAUGAGUAAAGGUGAGCUCGAGAAUACUGGACUGAGAUGCUCUUAGACUAGAAAGUGAUUUAAAGUCAAUUCAAAACAGACAGAAGAACAUCAUUUUAUUUGUCACUUGUCUUCAGGUUUAGCUUUUUGUUUUAAUUCCCAGAAAAUGUUCUUGAACUUGUUUUAUUUAGCUUUGGUAGACAGAUGUAGUUUCAUUCAAAUGUUUUUAUAGUAAUCCCGUCCAGGGGCAGGCCCACUGACAAUCACGUGAGGGAGCACUGUUUUGGGAAGAAGAGCUGUAACUGACAUGUUGUUUUGGAGUAAAGAUAAAAACCUGCAAAAUAAAGCAGAAACAUAAUAAGUUGAGUAAAAUCAGCAACCGAAAUAAACAGCUCCGUGCAGUUGGUACGCAUAUAUUCCGUUUUAACUCUUGAGUUGACUUUUAAUCAUUUUCAGACUGCCAAAGUUGACUGGGAUUGUUAAUUUUUGUGUUUUUAGAUGUUUAAACUUUAUGUAGACCUCUAAAUGUGUUCGUGUUAAAGUUCAGCAUACUUUAUGAUUCCUAUUCUGAUAUUCAGCAAAGUUUGUAUUAACUUCAUGUGUUGAAGACAUCACUGAUGGAAUAGUUCAAAAAUACAUGCGAAAAACAAUCAGGUUUCUGUACUGUGAAAAUCAGGAGUGUUUUAUUUGUUGUAAACAUGACUAUGACUGUUUUAGUUGUAUGGUUAAUAAUGUCCGACUACGUUCUAAAGUUUGUAAAUGUUCCUGGAAAACUCUUGUCUUCCUUGUUUUACCGUCAAGUUUGUGUUUGAUAAUGUUCCUUGUGGCAUUUUUUGAGAUUUGUCUGAUUUCUACAGUAAAGCUAUCCUCUCUACUUCUGGUGUUGCAGCAGCUUUAUUCUGUGACCCCCUGCUGCCGUCACUGAAUAUGUGUCUCUUCAUUAGUAUGUUGUUUUCAUUUACUACCUGAACACAUCUUUGGGAUUUAGCCAAAAAACACAAAUGUAAAGGCAGGUAUUUAUUGUUCGGUCUGCAGGAUUUCCUUUUUGACCGUUUUUGAGAAAUUGACAACAAGGUCUUGGCCUUUGUUAACCACUUUUAAAACUACAACAAUUAGGACAGAAAGCAGCAGAAUGUGCACCCCCCAAAAUAAACCAAUGUUCAACAUUUGUUGCGUUAGUGGUGAGGAUUAG